ACCAGCCUGAGGUACGUACGUGCUGUGGCUCCAGCCCAUGUCCUCCCCCUUUCCAGCCAUCCAACUCCAGCAGCAUUUCUUCCACUGUCCCAGCAUUGAAGCGUUCCCACCGUCCUUGCAUCGUGCAUCUCUGCAUACAGAAUCCGUCAACAUGAGCACUCUCACCGACGACCCAGCUCUCUACAUCUUCACGUCCCUUACAGCCGGCUCCUCGCACAUCGUCACGGCCACCUCCCGCCUCGAGACCAUCCUCCGCGCCAAUCGCAUCCCGUUCAAAGCCCUCGACAUUGCGACUGAUCAAAAGGCGCGUAUGCUAUGGGGUCGACGAGCUGGUAAAGACCCAAGCGGCAGGGUGCGCAAGCUCCCUGGCCUGGUGCAGGAGGGUCUGGUUAUUGGGGACAUUGUGGAAAUUGAAGAGUGGAACGAGUACAGGGAACUAAAGCAGCAUGUCAAGAUCUACUACGACGAGAACACCAUACCCAACAUCCACUACAAAUACCCCGUUCCCAAGCUCCGACGGCCCGUCCAGAAGGCGUCUGCAGCAGCUGGCACGGCGGCCGCCGCGGCCGGUGCGUCAAAGACCACACCCACACCGAACACGACGUCCACAAGCGACAAGACAGAGGUCUCGACCGGUACACCGGCCCCAGCGAACCCCCCUCCAGCGCCAGAACCCAAAAAGUCGACCCCUGCUGCCAUUCCCGCCAAGAAGACGGAGAAGAAGGAAGAGGCGCUGCCCAUACGCUCGGUCGCGGACGAAGCAGCCCAGAAGGCUAAGGAGCUUCGGCUGAAGAGCCUGCGAGAGAAGGUCCACGGUAAAGAGGGUGCCGCCGCCAUUGAAAAGAAAAAGGCCGAGGAGAAGGCAGGCGUGGCGUCGCCGAAAGAAGAAGAGAAGACCGAGGGACAAGGAAAACCUGACGAGAAAAAGGAGGCAGAAGUCACCAAGGCCGCUGUGGACAAGAAGGAGAGUGAGGACGAUGACGACGAAGACGACUCGGAGGAAGAGUCUUCCUCCGAGGAAGAGUCAGACGAUGACGAAGAGGAGAGCUCAGAGGAAGAGUCGGAAAAGGAGAACAAACAGCCUGCGACGCCAGCCCCCAAGCCAGCUGGGAUCGCAAUGCCUGGGUUGCAGUCCCCCACGAGCGGCACGUGGAAGCAAGACCUUACGACGCAAUCUGCAGCCAACGUGCAAAGCCCCACGAGCGCGACAUGGAAGCCUGCGCCACUAGGCGCCAUACCGACAUUGAGCAAGGACGUGAACAAGCCCGCGACGGAAGCUGCCAAGCUAACGGCAACAGCGACGACGCCAGCUGGGAAACCGGCUCCAAAAGGAACUGCUGCGGAGUCCAGUGACGAGGACGACGACGAUGACGACGACGACGAGGAAGACGAAGAAGAAGAGAGCUCAGAGGAGGACGAUUCCGAGGAUGAUGAGGAAGACUCGGACGAAGAGUCAUCAGAAGACGACGAGAAGACUGCCGCCAAGCCUACAGCCGCCGCCGCCGCAACGACAAAACCAGACACGCCAGCUGCUGCCGAGCCUGCCAGCGCAAAGAAAGAGCCAUAACGGUCAUGGUUGGAGGUGCCAUACACAUGCACACAAAAUCCGCCCUGUAUAUCUACACACAAGCCUCUGUACUUACACUCACUA